AAAGUGGAACUUCUGGCAGACUAUCUACAGAAGAAUCUUCCUGAUUUUAGGAUACAUAAAAUUACAAAGCAUCCUGAUAACUGGGAGGAGUGGCUGAAGGAUGUCUGUGAAAAGAAUAAGUGGAAUCAUAUGAAAUCUCCCAUCAUCUGGAGAGAGCUGUUGGAUCGUGGCGGAAAGGGCAUGCUUUUGGGCGGCUAUAAUGAGUUCCUGGAGCAUGCUCAGCUUUACUACGGCAUCACCUCCAGCAUGACAAGUGAGCUGAUGCUAAUUGUUGCUCAAGAAAACCUGGAGGCUCAUCUAGGACAAGAGCUCGAGAAAGAAACCCUCAGCGAACUCAUCACCCCCUUGCAGGUCUGGAUCACCAGUGCUUCUGCUCCUGCCUGCUACAGCCUCAUUCCCUUACUGGCCAGCGGGGAGGUGUUUGGGAUGGAUGCGGAGAUAAGCGUAAGCCUCUUAGACACCAAGCAAGAAGCCUGCCUGGAAGCCGUGCUGAUGCACAGCCAGGACCUGGCGGCCCCCCUGCUCCGAAGCAUCGCCAUCUGCAGGCAGGUGGAGCAUGCCUUCCUCCAGGCCCACGUGGUCAUCGUCCUGGAUGACAGCUAUGACAAGGAGGUGUUCGGCAUAGAGGAGUGCACGCGGAGCAAGGUCCUUCUGUGCCGCCUCUAUGGAUACCUGAUUGAGAAAAACGCCCACCCAUCCGUCCGAGUGCUCGUGGGAGGGAAAUCCUUUGUGAAUCUGAAGGCGGCCUUGCUCAUGAGAUACGCCCCAAACUUCGCAUGCAACAUCAUCGCUGUGGCCAUGGGGGUGGAAGGUCAUGCCAGAGGUCUCCUGGCACGAAAAAUGAAAACCACUGCGGCAGCCAUCAAAGAUGUGAUCAUUUGGGGUAAUAUUAGUGGCAAUAACUAUGUGGAUCUGAGGAAAGCCAAAGUCUUCGAAUACAAGAGUGCCAUCUGUGGACCACCUCACUACUACCGCCCCGUUCUGAACUUGAUCUUUGACAAUGAGUGGAUCAACAAAGAAUUUGUUGCAACUGUAAAAAACUUGUCCGACACGGGGAAACAAUUGGGAAGCACCCUCGUUGCGCACAGUAUCGCCACCACAUUGAAAUACUGGUACCAAGGCUCGCCGCCGGGGGAGAUCGUAUCGGCAGGGGUCCGGAGUGAAGGCCAAUUCGGAAUUCCUGAUGGGCUUGUUUUCUCCAUGCCUGUGAAAUUUGAGAACGGCAGUUGGGUGGUCCUUACAGAUCUUGAAGAUGUUGAAAUAAAUGAACAAAUAAUGGCCAGAAUGACAAAUGAUAUAAUUCAGGAAAAACUUGUUGCAUUUGGAGACGUGGUAGAUUAUCAAUCAUAUAGUUCGGGAACUGACUUGGCUGGACACUGUGAGCGGAAUUUAUCCAUCAGAGAGGACAACCAAGAGGAUGAGAGCUCCACAGAUGAGCAUAAACAGAAAUUACAUUCUGAUGCCGUCCAAAAUGAAGGAAAAGAUCAAGUUUUAUCACACAACUCUGAAGUUAACCCCAUGGAACAGUAAAUGAUCAAAUUAUAUCCAAUAUAAAGUGAUUUGUUAGCAAAACAAAUAGAGGCUGGUGAGCAUCUGUGUUUAGGGAAGAAUAACUCAAUUCCUAGAUAAUAGGAAGUUGCCAAUUAAGUAGCAGUGA